AUUGAACUAUUUUUUAAUCGAUAUUGAUUAUUGAUAUGGACCGCAUAACAAGCUUUCGUUCUCGUUAUACAGAAAACUAGUUAUGCGAGAGGUUUUCUUCCAUUUUUUUGUAUGAAAAGUAGAAUAACUGGUAAGAGAACUGCAGAUGUGUUGGUAUUAAUAUCUCUUUAUGGCAUAUAUGCCAACGCAAAAAUACCUAAUUUGAAUAAAUAGGGUGGUAUUUGUAGUUCACCAUUUUCAGUUCGUUUAUUUUCUUAAAUAACACACUGAUGCUCUGUCGUUUUUGUCUUUUAUUUAAUAUUAUGUUUCCCUAAAACAGGUAUUUAUGGCAUAUGCCUCGAGAAUAAGUCGGCUACGCAACCGGGUUAAACCUGCAAAACUAGGAAAUAGCGAGAAUUUCUCCGAAAAAACCAGAGCAAAUUUCAUUUUGUUGAAUUACUUUCUAUGUUUUCAGGUGUUCAAUUUGUAGUAAAUUAUUUUCCAUCCGUACAUGGCAUUUUUAAUCACAAUGGUGUUUUCCAACAUCAACCUCCUACAUCAUCCUACAACCAACCACCAUAUAAUGCAACAUUCAUAAAGGAUACAGGUCGAUGCAUGCCGAAGAAAUUGACAAAUGAACGUAAGUAGAAGAAUUCUCGCUUUGAGAGUUGUCUCGUUUUGCCUGACGGCUGCCAAAAAUCUGAAAUAGUCGUUAAAAGCAUCAAUGUAUAAAAUAAAUAAAUAUAUUUAUUUUAUAGUCGUUUGACGUUUAAUUGUUCGGUCUCACUCCCGGUGCGCUACGUGAUUUUUCAGUAAUUUUCUUGUGUUUUCUGCGUCGCAUCGCAUUGUUGCCUAUUCUACGGACUAUUAAACUGUUUCACAUCAUCGUUUCGUCUUGGCGAAUUGUUUAGUUGCACCGCAACUGUGGUUUCCUGCUGUUUUUACCUGCUCGGAUAAGCAGUGUUGUGCUGUGAUUACGCGUGAUUUCGCGAUGGCGGCUAUUUGCUUCUCGUGUGCUGAAGCACUAGAGGCCACCGGCUGCAUCAUCAGUUGUGCAUAUUCUGACGCUACGUUCCACCGCGGCUGUUGCAAAUUGCCCCCCGAGCUGAUUGACACAGUAUUGUCCAAUGUCGAUCUGCACUGGAGCUGCAUUGGCUGCACUAACAUUCUUAAAAAUCCGCGCUGCCGUUCGGUAAAAGAAAUAGGCGCUCAGGUCGGUUUCCAAGCCGCCCUCACCUCAGCUGUAGCAGCUAUCGGCAAGCUCGUUGAGCUUAUCGUCGCUGAAGUUCGCAGUGGUUUUACCCUACACCAAUACCACGAUUGCCGUCCAGCCGGCACCUACACAACCGCAUGAACUGGUGGGAACCGAUACGUUAUCAUCACCGCUUCAAGCUGCACCUCGUGAGCCAUUCACAGAUAGGAUAUGGAUCCGCCUAUCCCGCUUAUCAACGGCCGUCAUUGUGGAACAAGUGGUCGCUUCUGUAAAGCGUCGUUUAGCCACCGAUGACUGUUAUAUAUGAACCCUGGUAUUUGACAGUUGUGUCAUAACGCCUGACAGGUUGACCCUACCUUUCGUUUGUUGUUAAAUGUCAUUCCUUCUUUGCACAUUAUCGAAUUUGUUUGGUUACUUGGUGCAACAACUCCUUAAACAAACCUCAUGUGAACUUUUCUGUCUAAUAAAGAGAAUUAAAUACAACCGUCAUUUGCUAUGCCCGAAUACCGUGCCAAUGAGGGAACAUCGGUCGCUGAUUAUUUUACCCGCUUUGAGUGGGCGCUUCAGCUAAGUAAAAUCCCGGAAAUACAGUACGCGGAUUAUGCUCGUGUGCCUAUGGGAGCCGAGCUAAACACGUCGCUGAAACUUUUAGUCGCACCAAAAAAACCACAAGAAGUGCCAUAUUCGGAAAUGCGGAAAAUUCUAGUAGCUCAUUGCGACCAGAAAAAGAAUAAAUUCGUAGAAAUUAUUCAAUUUCGAACCAUCGUGCAACAACGAGACGAAUCGAUUGCACAGUACGUUCUCCGGUUAAAGCAAGGUUCAGCAAAUUGCGAAUACGACAAUUUUUUAGACCGAAUGCUCAUUAAGCAAAUGUUACAUGGAUUGACAGAGCGCGACAUCUGUGACGAGAUAGUUGCAAAGAAUCCAUCCACAUUUCAAGACGCUCUCGAUGUAGCCCUCGCGUUAGAAGCAACUCGCAAUAUUGCUCGAGACAUUAACACGUCGCAACCAGCUUCUGAAGCUACUAACAAGCUAGGCUACGAAAAGCCAAAUGUAAAAAGCCAUACACCCGUCGAAACACGACAAACAAGCAGCAUGCAAACUCGCCAGAGAACACCGCUUUCAACAAUACACACGGUAACCAGCCAGUAGCUUGUAAUGGCUGUGGAGUUCCACACCUCAGAAGCGAGUGUCGUUUCCGUAGCGCCAAAUGUAACAAUUACCAUAAGAAAGGUCAUAUUGCUAAGGUCUGCAAAUCGGGUAAGUCCAACCAUCACAUUUCACAAAAAGAUAUCUCUUCGCCCUCCGGUAGUAUUGAUCAACUGCAACGGCUUAACCGUAUUCAUAACAUACCGUCGAGUGAGAACAAAAUUAUCGAUGUUAAGAUCGAUGGUAAAUCGCUGAAGAUGGAGCUUGAUACCGGUGCACCUUGCGCAAUCGUAUCAGAAGCAACCCUCAAAUCAAUUAAACCACAUUUUACCUUGCAGACAAGCGACAGACAAUUUUCUAGUUAUACUGGGCAUCGCAUCAGCUGUAUUGGUAGGAUGAAUGUCAAUGUAACUAUUGAAGCCACAACGCGAAAGGAGCAACUCUAUGUAGUGUCCGAAGCACACGAUUCACUCCUGGGACGCGAAUGGAUCUCUCACUUUGCUGAUCAGAUCGAUUUAAAUCGCAUGUUCUCCUCGCGUACAUCCAUCCAUACAGUGUCAAAUAGCUCAUUAUCUCCAAAUUGGGACACGCAGCUAACAAGAUUAUUAGACAGCUAUGCUGAUGUUUUCAGUGAGUCUCCGGGUAAACUGACAGGUCCCCCGACAAAAGUACACUUGAAAGAAAAUGCAACACCAGUGUUUGCUAGAGCACGUGACGUUCCCCUCGCGCUGCGAGAAAGGUAUGUCAAAGAAAUCGACAGUAAAAUAAAUUCCGGUUUUUACGAAAAGGUCGAAUAUUCGGAGUGGGCAUCUCAUACACACGUGGUCGUUAAGAAAAACGGUAAGCUGAGGAUAACAGGUAAUUACAAACCUACUGUAAACCCUUUAAUGAUAAUAGACGAACAUCCUAUUCCUCGAAUUGAGAGUAUUUUCAACCGAAUGAAAGGUGCUACUCUAUUUUGCCAUUUGGAUGUUACCGACGCACGCAUCUUCCCAUAGACUAACAGUUUCGUCAUGUCUUAACCCUUAACACCACAACUCAUGGGCUCAUACGACCAACCAGAGCAGUAUACGGUGCCGCCAACAUACCUGCAAUCUUGCAACGUCGAAUGGAAGAAGUUCUCUUAGGCCUUACAAAUGUCGUUAGCUUCUAUGACGACAUUAUCGUUUUCGCGAAAAAUUUUGAAGAGCUUUUACAAGCCUUAAUAAGUAUCCUAAACAGAAUCAAGGAAAGUGGUCUGAAACUUAACCGAUCUAAAUGUGUCUUUGCCACACCAUCACUCGAGUGCUUAGGUCAUCGAAUUGAUCGCGAAGGUCUUCACAAGUCGACGAAACACAUUGAAGCGAUCCGAGACGCACCAAGACCGUCUUCUCCCGAACAAUUACAGCUUUUGAAGAGCUUUUACAAGCCUUAAUAAGUAUCCUAAACAGAAUCAAGGAAAGUGGUCUGAAACUUAACCGAUCUAAAUGUGUCUUUGCCACACCAUCACUCGAGUGCUUAGGUCAUCGAAUUGAUCGCGAAGGUCUUCACAAGUCGACGAAACACAUUGAAGCGAUCCGAGACGCACCAAGACCGUCUUCUCCCGAACAAUUACAGCUUUUGAAGAGCUUUUACAAGCCUUAAUAAGUAUCCUAAACAGAAUCAAGGAAAGUGGUCUGAAACUUAACCGAUCUAAAUGUGUCUUUGCCACACCAUCACUCGAGUGCUUAGGUCAUCGAAUUGAUCGCGAAGGUCUUCACAAGUCGACGAAACACAUUGAAGCGAUCCGAGACGCACCAAGACCGUCUUCUCCCGAACAAUUACAGCUAUUUUUGGGUAAAGCCACAUACUAUUCAGCGUUCAUACCAGAUUUGUCAACAAGAGCAAAGGUAUUGCGUGAGAUAUUAUCAGCAGAUCGUUUUGAGUGGACGGCUGAAGCCGAAGAAGCUUACUGCGAUAUCAAAAACAUUUUAAUUUCACCACAAGUCCUUACUCAGUAUGACACAACACUACCAUUGAUAUUAGCUACUGACGCAAGCAAGACGGGUCUCGGAGCAGUGCUCUCCCAUCGACUCAGUAACGGGGUAGAAAGACUCAUAGCUUAUGCAAGCUGUACAAUGUCGGCGACGGAACAACGCUAUCCGGUUAUCGACAAAGAAGCUCUCGCUAUCGUUUGGGCAGUCAAGAAGUUUUUCAACUAUUUAUAUGCACGGAAGUUCACGCUCGUCACGGACCACAAACCGUUGACGCAAAUCCUGCAUCCAGAGAAGUCACUGCCUACACUUUGUAUAAGUCGCAUGGUAAAUUACGCUGACUACUUAGCGCACUUUAAUUUCGAUGUAGUGUACCGAUCGACUAACGAAAAUAAGAAUGCCGAUUAUUGUUCACGCAUUCCAAGUCCCUCGACACAAUCCAGUGUCUACAGCCUUUCUCUUCGUAGAGGAGGAAAUGAGGAUCAAGACGAUUUUGAAGAUUUUGUGCUUAACCAAAUCCAGCAGCUGCCCAUUGAAACCGAUCAAAUCGCACGCGAAACGCGAAAAGAUGAGCACUUGGGUAAAAUUUUGAAAGACCUCGAAAUGGGACGAAACCUAUCACAAAUCGGCUAUAAAGCACCAGAAGUCAAAUACACCAUGGUUGCCAAUUGUUUGCUGUUUGAACACCGUGUCGUGAUUCCCGACAUCCUUCGUUCUGCAAUUCUGCAAGAUUUGCACGCAGCACAUAUUGGUGUGGUGAGAAUGAAGUAUUUGGCCCGUUCAUAUGUCUACUGGCCGGGCAUAGACAAAGACAUCGAGCAGCUAGCGAAAUCAUGCCACGAAUGCGCUCAAACGGUCUCAGCACCUCCUAAGUUCAAUCAACACCAUUGGGAGUAUCCAUCUAACCCUUGGGAGCGUGUGCAUGUUGACUAUGCGGGACCCGUUGCUGGCGCUAUGCUACUGAUUAUCGUGGAUGCGUACAGCAAGUGGGUUGAGGUGAAAGUGACUCACUCAACCACUACCGAGGCAACCAUAAAAAUCCUCGACGAGCUAUUUGCAUCCUAUGGAGCCCCCUAACUAUUGUAACAGACAACGGAACACAAUUCACUGCAGCAGAGUUCACCACAUUUCUUCAACCAAGCGGUGUCAAGUUCCACAAACGCUCCGCUCCAUAUCAUCCGGCAACCAAUGGGCAAGCAGAGAGAUACGUUUAGACAGUUAAGCGAGCUUUGAAGGCUAUACAUUGGUCCAGCACUACACUUCAAGCUAACCUGAACGAGUUCCUGCUCCAGUACCACAAAGUCCCGCACAGUGAAACCGGUGAAGCACCAGCAAAGCUUUUCCUAGGGCGAAACAUCCGUUCACGUCUCGACCUGGUUCGACCACAAUCUGUCCAGCCAAGAACAGCAGAGAAGCAACGAGUCGCUUUUGAACCAUCGUACCGAACAUUCUUGCCCGGACAACUCGUCUACUGUCUCUCGGGAAGUACGAGAAUGGAUAAGUGGAUCCGAGGUACAGUGGUAUCCCGACUAGGCGAUCUACACUACUCCAUCAACUGCAAUGGUAACCAGAUGAAACGCCACGUGGAUCAGAUGCGACCAACCCUAGACGACAACAGGACCGAACAGCCGCGAAGUGUACCUGUACCAACUCAAACUUCGGAGGUACACCAUCACCGCAGGCACUACUACGGGUCAACCGACUCUCCACAAACAUCGAGUGUCCCCGUUUCAUCUCGGACAGUCUCCGUGUCAUCAGACUCAUCUACUUCGUCCGAUUCAUCGUAUGACACACCGACAGGAAGCCCGAUCCGAGCCAGUGACGCCCCGUCCUUCGUCCGCCGUUCUACAAGACUGCGAAACCCGCCGUUGCGAUACUCGCCGUAGUCCAUUUCAAAGAAGGGAGGAGUGUUAUAUAUGAACCCUGGUAUUUGACAGUUGUGUCAUAACACCUGACAGGUUGACCCUACCUUUCGUUUGUUGUUAAAUGUCAUUCCUUCUUUGCACAUUAUCGAAUUCGUGAGUUUUUUCCAUCCCGUCAACACGACCACCAAACCUCACCUCCUAUAGCCACCCGAAACCGCUUUACAACACGCACACCAGCAACUAGUACUGAUCACCGCUACACCACACGCACACCAACAACGACUCACCGUUUAGCCGCACGCACGUCUACUCCACCUGGUCCUGAAACAACAUCAUCAUAACAGUAUCACCCCCCGUUGAAUGAUACCUUGGAAGCACCGAACUCAACACUUGUUUCUGGACCGCCCCAAAACCACUGCGCUUCAUCUUCGCACCAGUCUACAAUCGAACGUUUUUUUCUCAACUAGACGAAGUUCCGCUCAAUGCACGCAACAAACACGCCAAGCCUCAUGCUCUGACAACGCAGCUCAAUUGACUUACCGUAUACCCGCUUUAUCCAACCGCCACAAUGACAACGCUACCGCUGAGGACUUAAGCUGCUAUUAUCAAAACGUUAGAGGUUUGAUUACGUUAGAGGCGUACUAAAACAAAAGAAUUUCACCUAGCUGUUUCGGUGGCUGACUUCGAACUUAUCGUCCUUACGGAAACUUGGCUUGUUGACAACAUUCCAUCUGCUCUUCUCUUCAACAACAACUUCUCUGUUUACCGCUGUGAUCGCUCUCUCAGCGGCUCCAGCUCUCGCGGUGGUGGUGUUUUGCUAGCCGUUUCUAACGCAUACGAGUAUAUUUGUGUGCGCGUCGCCUGCAAUAACGCACAUCUGCACGUCAUGGUAGUAUACAUUCCACCGCAGCUUAGCUCCGAGAUAUCGAUUCUUCGCUCUCUACAUGAUUGUAUCACCGGCUUCAUUCUCACACUGAAGCCUUCGGAUCUGCUGUUUGUUAUUGGCGAUUUCAAUCAGCCUAGCAUAAGCUGGUCCACAGCUGAUCCUUCGUCCUCGCCAGCAUACUCAUCAAUCACGCACUAUGAACCAACUGCGCGCUCACUGGCCAACGACACCUUUGUGGAUGGAUUUAAAUUUAACGGAUUAGUGCAACUUAAUCACAUCAAUAAUUCGCACGGACGCAUGCUUGACCAGCUCUACGCUAACAAUGCUGCAGCUAAAUUGUGUUCGCCUGUCUUUCCAAGUGUUGUUCCGCUUGUACCUCUUGACUCCUACCAUCCGGCGUUUGACUUCAAUAUACGUAUGAACUCGUCGACCCGACGCAAUUCGACGACUCGACAAAACUCGACGACAACCGCAUUUUAUCGUUAUAAGUUUGCUAAAGCUGACUAUGUGAAACUGAACGACAUGAUAUCAAUGUUUAACAAUAACUUUCAUUGUUCCAAUUUUGUUUCACUUGACGAAGCAGUAUGUUCAUUCUCGUCCUUCAUGCUGCAAGCCUUUGUUGUAUGCGUCCCAGUUCAGCGUCCUAAACCUAACCCCCCCUGGGCGGACCGCACACUCAAACGACUCAAACGUGUAAAAAGAGCUGCUUAUCGUCACUACCAAACGCGCCGCUGCCAAAGAUCUCGCUCGAUCUACUUUGACACGCACUCUUUAUACUGCAGCUAUAACAGGUUUCGAUAUGGCACAUAUUUGAGGAAUAUUCAACGUAACCUCUGCAGGUGGCCUGACUCGUUUUGGCGCUUCUACAAGAGCAAAACAAAAUCCACUCAUACACCGACAUCUAUUACGUACAAAGGAGCAACAAGUGCCAACACUAAUGAAAUGUGCAAUCUCUUCGCGGAUCGCUUCGCAGAUUGCUUUUCACCGGUCAUGAAUGAUACCGAUACCAUUGAUGCUGCUCUCGUCAACACUCCGGCUGGCGCAAUUAUCAUUAGUACUCCUUUCAUCGACAGUGAGAUCGUUUUAUCAGCCCUAAUGCAACUAAAGCCUUCCUUCGCUCCUGGAUCCGACGGAAUUCCUUCUACCGUGCUGAAACGCUGUCAAACGACAGUAGCACCUAUCCUUGCAAAAAUGUUCAAUGCAUCGCUAGCCAAUGGCUACUUUCCCAAAAAUGGAGGAAAUCUUGUAUGGUUCCUAUUUACAAAAACGCUGGUCGGUCUGACCCUAUCCCAACCAGCAAAACCGAAGCUAUUGGAAAACUUUCCUGUGUGCCAAAGCGAGAGAGCAUGUCUUCUUUCUCUAGAUUUUGGACGGCACAACGCCGAUCGUGUGGCCUAUGAACGAAAAACGGGAGAAGGGGAAACCGAUAUCCUUCGAGUGACACACACGCAUGCAUCUGCAUGCGUAUUCCGCAGAACCGAGACUACACAUCUCUCUCGAUCUCCCAUGAAUUUUCUGCUAUCGCGCUCAUCCGGGUGUUAGGCAUCCUCAGUCUGUCCAGAACUUUCACUGUGGAAGGAUGUGUUGGAGUGAUGUGUGAUUUCUUGUGCCCCGUACUUUGCUCGUUUACGUUUUGUGCCGUGUUCCUUCUUCUUCAAUUAUGGAAUGAUUUAUCCUUGUAAAUUUCUAAGUUACAGGUGCACGCGCAUGUUAAUCGACGGUUGCCAACAUCCCGCAAAACGAUCGACGGAAGGAAAACGGUGUCCGGUUUUAAAAUAUAAAGAUUUCAUUACAGCUCUUUCGUAGAAGAGCGCACUUCAAUGACGCCUUGGAUACGGCUAAACAUGCGCAGCACCAGUCCGUGACGUCAUUUCCAGACAGGCGCCGGCUGAACACGCGCAGCACCAGUCGAGGAUAUCCUAGCGCAGAGGGUAGAAGGAAGAACGAGAGGAAGGGUAACAGAAAGCAACCGCAGCAUUUGGAAGGGGUGAAGCAUCCUGCCGUAUACAGAGUGUGAGUGUGCCAAAACGCAUGUGAAAAGAGUAACACCAAUAAAUAGCAUGCGAAAGUGUGCAUAAAGCAAAAAGAAAAAGCGUCACUACUACAACCAGCAAUCCGAAAAUAUAAGGGGAGGGAUAAAUACAAAUGUAUGCGUAAGCAGGACCAGCAAUCCAAGCAUUUGAAUGUGUGCGUCGGUUUGUGCCGUGCUAAAAGUUUUUACUUUAGCCGCUGCUAGUGUAAAAACUUAAGGAAAGCUUAAAGUAAAAAUUUUUUACACGGGGCGCCUUCGGAAAUUGUUGGCUGGGAUGUUCCGCAUGUCGGCUGUCUUCAACACUGUCUCGGAUUGCUUCGACUUCGGAACGUCUCCGGCUUUAGCCGUGGCCGCAGUGAAUGGCGAUGCAAAUCUUGUUUUUGUUAUGUUUUUUUUAAAUGAACUGUUACAUCUUUAUUAGACCAUACGGCCCGUUGAAGAUUAAAAAUAAAUAAUAAUAUAAUAAUAUUUAAUAAAGGUUGUAUUACAGGGUUUCACACUUUAUCUCAAGACCGCGGGACCCCUUCCCGAAUCUGUCUUAGCCAAAGCCAAGACUGCGGUAUGAUGCUUGAAAACGUUGAUGAUACCUGAAUUCAUCGGAUGCAAUGCUGAAUCUGCGGCACAUUUCUCGAAACACACUGUUCCGCGCCGAGGACAUGCGGUCGAAUAUUUUUUUUACACGGAUAACCUUUGUGUACAUCAGUGUAUGAGAAACACCCAAUUAUCCUUUUCGUGUUUUUACCAAAAAAGACAAUUUAAUAAAAUGAGUGAAUGCAUAUUUCUGCAAUUAAAAUA